UUUCAGCUGUGAACGGUUCUUCCCUGUUUCUUAAAUCCCAAAUGCUCUGCACUGGGGAUUGUAAGGUCAUGAUGACAAAGGAAAUGAUAUACGCUAGCAUAUUUCAAAUAUCUCAUUUGUUAUUUAAUGCAAAACUUGAGAAGUACAAAAAAAUAGAUAGGAUAAUUGGUAUUGUGAUGGCCUUUUCGAAGGAUAGUUUUCUCAUAAAGGCAAAAGUUCUAGAUUUAGACGUGUG